AAGAAAAGAGAGGAGAGGAGAGAGAGAGAGGAACCAGUCGAAGAAGAAUAGGUGAGAGCGACCACCGCUGAGAUCGACCGGUGCUGACACUACCGACCUGGGUGACCACCGACGACCAGCGAAAAACUCUGCCCACCGUUAGUGCUGUUCAUCGACCAGCAAAAUACCACUUCGACGUCAAUCUGGAUUACACAUUGCACUCAUCGUCCGUCCGUCAAUCUCUGAAUCUGGCUUAAUCACCUAAAUCUGCUGGUGCGUUUUUUUAUUUUUUUUCUUCUUAUAAAUUUUUAUUUUUUUUGUUAAGCUUGAAUGUGGGGAUUAGAAGAAUGGUUCUCUAUGUUUAGGUCUAUGUGGGUAGAUGAUUUCAAUUGAAAAAUCUGUUUGGGAGCAUAUUUUAUAUAGACAUAUUUUGUGAUAUACAAUUGAAAAAUCUGUUUGGGAGCAUAUACUUUGUAAUAUACAGACAUAUUUUAUGUUGUACAGAGAAGGAACAAGAAGAUGUCUGUAUAAAAUAGAAGGAACAAGAAGAUGAAGAAUGUGGAAAUAGAGCAUUGCAACUGAUAACUGAUAAUUUAUGUUGUAUGAAAUGUCCAAUAUAAGGACUGUUUACCAUUCAGAAAUUAUUAUAUCUCUAGAAAUGAUCACAUGUUUCAAAAUGACAGCUUCAAGAUGUAACAAUUCUCAGCAAGAGGUAUAUAUGUUAUACAUUUAAAAGCACUAUUUAUUGUUCUGAAUAACAUAUAAUACACAAAUAGCAUAUAAUACACACACAUGCCUACAUUGAUGAAAUCUUGAUGUCUACCUACUCGGUUGCGGUCUCUAGUCAGUUUUGCUGAUUAUUUUUAGAAAUUUCCAACAUCUAUUUGCAUUGUUGUAGGUUUUCAAUUAAUUUUGAAUAAUUAAUACCAAAUCAAUAGAAAUAUGUUUUAUUGGUUUAUGUAUCAAUUAGGAGGGGAUUAUGGAAAAUAAUCUGUGAUGCCUCUAAGUGGUGUUUAACAUCCACUUCAACCUUAUUUAUGUGAAUAUGUGAAUCUGUGAUGUCUGAAUCUAAAUCUAAGUGGUGUUCAACACCACUGAAUUUGAAUAUGAAUCUGUGAAUUUGUGAUAUCUCUAACCUUAUUUAUGAUUUGUUAUGCAUUUCAUUCUGCUGAUUUUAUACAAAUUACAGUAGAGUUUUUCACACAAUGAACAUUGAUUCAAACAAUCCUACAUUGAGUGGGGGUGAGGAAGUUGAGGAAGUAGAGAACAAUCCUUCAUUAAAUGAGAGUAAUGAAAUUGAAGAACCUAAGAAGGGGAUAUGGUUUACCUCAAAGCAAGAAGUGCAUGAGUUUUAUGCAAAAUAUGCUAAAAACCUUGGAUUUGCAAUAACGUACAGAACACAGAAUGUUGGAGCGGAUGGAAAAGUGAAAUACUUUGGAAUUGAAUGUACUCGGGUGCAGAAGAGGACAAAAAAAUCAGAAGUAAACCCCCUGAAACCAUCUUUGUCAUCAAAAAUUGAUUGUAAAGCAAAGGUAAAAGCGACUUUACAACAAGAUGGAAGAUAUAAGUUAACUACAGUGUGCUUGAGCAUACGCAUGAUUUGAUUCUUAGUGAUUCACGGCAUUUUCCAAUGAAUAAGAGGAUUCGUACUCCUGUGAAGAGAAGAUUAGAAAUAAACAAUGAAGCAAGAAUAGGGGUGCCUAGGAAUUUUUAUUCUAUAGUUGUUGAAGCGGGGGGAUAUGAGGCAUUAACAUUCGAUGAACGAGAUACAAGAAACCACAUUGAAAAUGCUCGAAGAUUGAGGCUUGGGGUAAGUGACGUCGAAUCAAUUGCAUUUUAUUUUCAUAGGAUGCAACAAGAAAAUUCAAACUUUUAUUCUGCAAUUGACUUUGAUGUAGAUGGUCGCAUACGAAACUUGUUUUGGGUAGAUGCAAGGAGUAGGGCGGCUUAUAAAGCAUUUGGAGAUGUCUCAUUUGACACCACCUAUCUAACAAACAAGUAUAAUAUGCCGUUUGCUCCAUUUGUAGGAGUUAAUCACCAUGGACAAUCAAUCUUGUUUGGUUGUGGGCUAUUAUGUAACGAGAACACGGAGACAUUUGUUUGGCUAUUCAAAGAAUGGUUAAAUUGCAUGUCAGCCACUCCUCUAAAAGCUGUUAUAACUGACCAGUGCAGAACCAUGCAAAAUGCUAUACAAAUUGUCUUCCCACAAGCUCGACAUCGUUGGUGUUUAUGGCAUAUAGUGAAGAAAAUUCCCGAGAAAUUGAGAAGAUAUUCCCAAUAUGAAGCCAUCAAAUUUGCUUUACAAAAUGCAGUGUAUGAUUCUUUCACAAAAGAUGAAUUUGAUGAGGAAUGGCAAAUGAUGAUUCAAAAGUUUAGUCUCCAUGACAACGAGUGGUUGGCGAUAUUAUAUGGUGAGCGACAUAGGUGGAUUCCUGCCUAUGUGAAAGAUAUAUUUUGGGCUGGCAUGUCAACUACACAACGAAGUAAAAGCAUGAAUGCAUUUUUCAAUGGGUAUGUAAACUCAAAGACUACUUUAAAGCAAUUUGUUGAAUAGUACGACAAUGCAUUGAGAAGUAAGGUGGAGAAGGAGACCAAAGCAGACUUUAAAUCUCGAAACAAAUUGUAUGAUUGCUUAACAGUGUACGAGUUUGAGAAGCAAUUUUGUGCUGCCUACACAAAUGCGAAAUUUAAAGAAGUUCAAGAAGAAUUGAAGCGACUACUGUAUUGUCAUGCGACUCUUGUGAAGGAGGAGGGAUCCAUUUGUACUUAUCAUGUCAAGGAAGCUGUGCUUGUGGGUGAAAAAAUGAAGAAAGUUGAAUUUCUUGUUUACUUUAAUUCAACUGAAUUUGAAAUGCAAUGUGUGUGUCGGUGGUUUGAGUUUAAGGGGAUCAUGUGUGCCCAUUCCCUUAGUGUUCUCAUUGAGAGGUGCAUAUAUGAGGUUCCAGAUAAGUAUAUUAUGCCGAGAUGGAGAAAAGAUUUGGAAAGAGGGUACACAUGUAUUCCAACGACAUACACGAAAUCCGGGGCUGCCCUCAAUGCAAAGGUACAUGAUAACUACCACAAGGCAUCGGAUGAAAUUAUAGAAAUUGUUUCCAACGAUGAUGGUAAACACAAAGUCAUUCAACUUGGGUUGAGAGAAAUGAAUGAAAAAGUAAGAAAAUAUGAAUCUGGUUGUGCGAGUAAUGUGCCACCUUCUACUAGCACUAUCCUACCUUCUAGUAGUAAUGUGCCACCUUCUAGUAGUACUCACAAGGUGCUUAGUCCUUUGGUUGCUCGCUGAAGAGGCCGUCCAUGUACAAAACGGAAGGUGAGCAAGGUGGAUGAAAUAGUGAAUCAAUUGAAGGGAAAGAAUAAAAAGGCACUAAAAGUCCAGGGUCGUAAGAUGGGCCAAGGUGUACCUCGUAAGUUGAAUUUCGGUUGUACGGACGGCAUGGAAGACAAUACCUACGAUCGGGCGUCACAAGCUCAAUCUUACUAUUUUCCUUGUAUGGAUGGGACACAAGAGCGUAUGUAUGUACCGGCACAAGAUGGCGCAUUGCAAAUGGUGGACAAAAUUGGAAGCGCAUCUUUGAGUAAAUCAGGAAUGGCGAAUAUAGAUGGUUCAAGUUUUGUGGACUCGAAUAUAGAUGUGGAUCCCAACGCUCCAUUUUUUUUUAGUUUCGUACUAUGGUAUUUAUCACUUUCGUUUGUAAACUUGGGAUAGUUACUUUUGUGGACUUGAAUAUAGAUGUGGAUCCA